CUUGUUCCGUAGUGGAAGAUGACGUCAGUGCGCUGCAGCAUUUUGAUGUCCGCUAACGUGAAGGAGGUGAAGAUGCUCCCCAUCUCUGCCGCAGCGGUUUCUCUUCUGGUGGCCUGGAUUUACCCCAGCGGCGCGCUUUAUUUCCACAUCGGAGAGACGGAGAAAAAAUGCUUCAUUGAAGAAAUUCCAGACGAGACGAUGGUGAUCGGAAAGUACCGGACUCAGCUGUGGGACAAACAAACCACUUCCUUCCUCCCAUCCACCCCCGGCCUUGGCAUGCAUGUAGAGAUCAAGGAUCCAGACACGAAGAUCAUCCUCUCUCGUCAGUACGGCUCUGACGGACGCUUCACCUUCACCUCUCACACUCCUGGAGAGCAUCAGAUCUGUUUGCACUCCAACUCCACAAAGAUGGCUCUGUUUGCAGGAGGAAAGCUGAGAGUACACCUGGACAUCCAGGUAGGCGAGCACACCAACAAUUACCCUGAAAUAGCAGCGAAGGACAAGCUGACGGAGCUGCAGCUGCGGGUCCGACAGCUGCUGGACCAGGUGGAGCAGAUCCAGAAGGAGCAGAACUACCAGAGGUUUCGAGAGGAGCGGUUCCGCAUGACGAGUGAAAGCACCAACCAGCGCGUUCUCUGGUGGUCCAUCGCUCAGACCUUCAUCCUCAUCAUCACCGGCAUCUGGCAGAUGAGACACCUGAAGAGCUUCUUCGAGGCCAAGAAGCUGGUGUAGCUUAGAUCCGGGUCUGGAGAUGGAGGUCUGAACAUCAGGCACGAGAAGCCCUUCACACACCCACCUUGGGCUCCUGCUCUCCUCAUCCCACCGUCGCAGCAUUCCUGGAAACGCUGGACUUUUUUCUACCUUCAGGUGCAGAAAGCAGGAUGUUUGUUUCUAAUUUCUCUAAAAUAAGAACUCCUUUCACUCCUGAAUGACCCGCUGGGGUUUCUAACGCUCCCGCCGAAGGCUGGUGCAGAUAUUUUACUCCCGACGUGUCAAACGGGUUCACCUCUCCUCCCAGAACAGUUUAAACAUCCUCGCUCGUCGCUUUAGGUUUCCUUCCAGGCAGCCUUUUUCACGCUGAGUGAGUGAAACCCCUCUGAAGUCAUUCAGACGUGAACGAGUGAUGCUGCAGGGUUUCACAGAGGAGCACUGCUGCUGUUCCUCGUCUCUGACGGCUUCGUAGAAAACAACGAGUACACUUCCUUGUUUUUAUAUUUAAGAAGCUACCAGGUGAUUGGUCGACUUUAAGCAUCUUCUAAAGCUGAAUAAGGCUAACAUAGCCUCCGCCUGUCACGCACCCAAAGGACCGUGUUCACAUCUGCUUUUUCAGCAUCUGUAGUGGAGCGGACACAAGUAAACACAUCUGAUCAUUUCCUUGUUUAGGCUUGAAGCGGGGUCAGGGACCCCGACCCCGACCCUGCUCAUUAGCAGGAUUGGGUUUCGUCUCCGCCCCUCUGGAGGCUGGACGGUUUCCAUGAGCACAGCUUUGGUCUUCAGGACCGACUGUGCUGUAAAUAUGUUCUGUUGGUUUUCUACCGACUUGUUUCAUCACAUCUUAUUUAUUGAGUAGUUUUGAUGGUUUUAGGGCUUCUGUUGUGAUGUCAUCACUGUUAUGUUUCCUUUGAAGUGGUCGUCUCCCUGAAGUGCUUAAUAAAGUUUCUGACCAAACCAACUUCUAACGUGAAUAAAUACACAACACAGCAGAUUUA